GCUCCUCUUCUCGUGGCCGCUCAUCAUACUCUGCUACAUCCCCAUAGUCGUCACGGAUCGGGUUCUCCACCACCUCCUGGCCUCUCUAAUCGAAUGGUUUCCUGCUAUUAUGUGGCCCGCAGCUGACGUAUACAAAGCUCUGCCAGACUUCGUCCUGUCCUUCACGAUUGGUCGCGUCAUCGUGUUCUUCCUACUUCUCAUCUCGUACAUCGUGACCUUCGUGAUCGAAUGCUUAAAAGUGCCUUUAAACGUCAUUCUGUUUUUCCUUUCGGCAGUUAGUGAAGAGACGGCCAAACCGUUCGAGGGGCUGCGGCACUCGCCUCAUGCCCACCACUCGCACUCCAGCGUGCACCCCUAUGGCCACGUCUACAGCCCGGACAUGCCCUGGAUGUCGACUACACCCCCGCCUCCGCCAGUGUCUCCACCAACUCCUCCACGCACCGUCGUGCUGCCGGGGGCGCAGCGAGGCCCGGUCCGCGUCGUAGAGGCGGUCGCCCGAGAGGUUUCAAUCGAAGACGUGGGGCCUGGUCGUCAGCUGCGAGAGCCUCUGGUGCUACGUCCUCGUCCAAGGCCAGUGAGGCUGCUGGUCCCCGUGGAGCGGCCGCUGCAGUGCGUCGCUCAGUAGCUUACCGGCUGCGCAUGCGGCUCGCCGCGGGCUCCCAGCUCAUUACACAAAUCGUUGGCGCCAGUCACCACCAGAACUGCUGCUUCAGAGACCUGUUCCGGCCUAGACAGCAAACGAGAAUUGCAGAACUUCACCGACGCACAGAGGCUUAUCGUAUCGACGACGCUUCAUCCGUUCCGCAUUGCUUCGAGCCUACUGCAGUGGACAUUAAACUCCUGGGCUUUGCUUCACCGGAAAGCCUGAUCGAAACUCUCACCACAAAGAGGGAUAAGAGGCGUGUCUACAAAAAACGAUAAGGUUCAAAACCCGCACGUUCUCAUCCCGACGCCGGAUGUGCGGCACAGGUCUCUCGCGUAGACUGGACCACUUCUAAGUAGGCAAUACUGCCGCGGGAACAGCUCGCAAACUAAGCCGCAAGACCAGGAGUCACUCGACAUUCUUUCAUACGUCAGCAUCUCAUCACCAGUUCUAAACAACAAAGUAGCAUUUCCAGCAGUGAUUGAUAUUUUAAUUUGUGUCGCCAGUUUGCAAUCUAAU